UCACCUCCUGACAAUCAGGAGACGCGUGACAAGACUAUGAAAGGGGGCACGGGAUUUAAUUUUUACUUGAGUGAGUUGUCUUGAGAUGCACGUGAUCAACAGGCUGUCAAUUACCGCCACAGACUCCGUUAAGUGGGGAUCUUUUCAUGCGCGCGUAUCCAUGUCGUCAGAUUUGUAAAUUGGCCGCGGAGCUGCGCGCUUUCGAUGGACUCCUCAGUCGUUAGAGGGCUGAGUGUGAGUUAAUGCCAAGAUCCAGACACUUCGGGAUAUACACAAAGCGCGCACAGCCGGGAUGGACUCGUUUAACGCCAGCGGAAUGGACGCGUUCACGGUGGUCCAUCUGAAUUCCUCCUGGAGUCUGGACAGUGGAUAUUCUUUAGCAGCGACAGCCAGCAUUGCUGCUCUUGUAAGUUUUCUCAUUCUCUUUACGGUUGUUGGGAAUAUUCUGGUGGUUAUUGCGGUGUUGACGAGCAGGGCGCUGAAAGCCCCACAGAACCUUUUUCUGGUGUCCCUGGCCACCGCGGACAUCCUGGUCGCCACUUUGGUGAUGCCGUUUUCCCUGGCAAAUGAACUCAUGGGCUACUGGUAUUUUGGAAAAGUUUGGUGCGGUAUUUAUCUGGCUUUGGAUGUUUUGUUCUGCACUUCGUCUAUUGUCCAUCUGUGCGCAAUAAGCCUGGACCGCUACUGGUCCGUUACGCAGGCUGUAGAGUACAAUCUGAAGCGGACUCCCAAACGCGUCAAGUGCAUCAUCUUAAUUGUGUGGCUCAUAUCUGCUUUCAUCUCAUCCCCGCCGCUCAUAUCUAUAGACAGCAACAAUGAGAUGAGCUCUCAGCCACAGUGCGAGAUCAAUGAUGACACCUGGUACAUCCUCUCCUCCAGCACCGCGUCCUUCUUCGCUCCGUGCUUAAUAAUGGUGCUGGUGUAUAUCAGAAUAUAUCAGGUGGCCAAAACCAGAACCAGAAGCAUGUCGGGAAAGAAUCCCAAGCCAGAUGGCGUUACACAUACUGAGAAUGGACUGAGCAAAGCCACCUCCCCUUUCCAUGGCGAGAGAGAGAACGGUCACUGUCAGUGCCCACCUACGCCCAGCCAACGCACCGUCACCAUCGCGCCACAGACUGAGGAUGCUGACAUGGAGGAGAGCUCCUCCUCAGAGGGCAAAGGUCACAAACUUCAGCGGGAGGACGCCCAGAGAGCCAAGAAGCCCAACAGAAAGAAAAACUCCAUCUCCAAACAGUCCACACGCAUCUCCAGAGUCAGUAACAAAUCCAUGGACCUCUUCGCCUCCAGGAGGAAACGUCGCCGGAGCUCCUUAGCCAGGAAAAAGGUCUAUCAAGCCAGAGAAAAGAGGUUUACAUUCGUCCUGGCUGUGGUCAUGGGGGUGUUUGUUGUGUGCUGGUUCCCCUUUUUCUUCAGCUACAGCCUGUACGGUGUGUGCAGGGACUCCUGUAAGAUCCCCGACCCGCUCUUUAAAUUCUUCUUCUGGAUUGGCUACUGUAACAGCUCCCUCAACCCUGCCAUCUACACCAUCUUCAACCGGGACUUCAGACGCGCCUUCCAGAAGAUCCUUUGCAAGUCGUGGAAAAAGUCCUUUUAGAUUUGAUGCAGAACUGCUGCACCACUGUGACAAUCUUUGUGGAAAUAUCAAAGUGAAAAUAAGAAGCCUGUUUUGUCUUUUACUGCCACUCCUUACUCACUGUUACGUCUCAUUGUCCUGUUGUAAUUCAGUCAUGGCAGUGCACACCAUCAAGCACCUAUGGGUGUCUCUACAAGCUUCAACAUACAGUGUGUUUUCAUUACAGGCUUUCCCAGUCUGAAUAGUGAGCA